GUCUACUAGUAUCCUAAUCUACGGGACGUACCGGUACGUAAGGUACUCGUACUUCACGAAACGAUUCCCCGCCUUAACGGUCUGUUUGGAAAAUUGAAAGACAACUUUGAAAACUCGUUGUACGCGUAAUGGAAGAGCUGUUCACAAAUUCUACGCAUAAGGUAGCAUAUUGUGCGGACAAAGAUUACAUUGUUGAUCAUGGGCUGCUGCUGUUCUUGCGAUGGCAAGGACGGUGACAAAGCGAUAAAGGAAAGCGAAUUGGUGGAGCGGGAGACGCCACAACAAACCAUUAAUGUUGCCAUGAGUAAUCCAUCGAUACAGGUAACGAAUCACCUUUGUGUCACAGGAUCAGGCCUUGCAUUGAUUGGGACGGCUUUGGAGCAAGAUGCUGCUUACUGGGAAUAUCAUGUAACCUUACCAGCAAGGAAACACGUCGAUACCAUUUUAUUUGGAGUGAGCAGCAAGAAAGAUAGAAAGUUUUACAAGGAGAUAGAUGGGAAGGGGGGGGGCGAGAAAGAAGGUCCGUACUUGAAAGCUCCAAAUCUAUUAUUGUUUUGCAAUAGUAAAGUCGUAUCUUGAUAUUGAGUUUGUUACAUCUUCCAAAAUCUGAACUACGAUGUAUUAAACAGCCUGACAUAUCUGGACGACUAAUCAAUGUAAUUUUGCUUUGUUUUUGAUAGGGGUUCCUUCAGAAGGUAACGGGACGAGCUGGAUGAGAUGCGUCGAAGGCCUCCAGAACGGCGAUAUCGUAGGAAUAGCUAUGCAGCAAUCAGGUAAGUUAAUUUUUCAGCUCUCUGACAAACGACCAGAUGAUGUGAUGUACUUAACACUUUGUGCCAUAUGUUAAUAUCAAGUUCUCUCACUCGACUUUCAUUAUCAAAGACUUACCAAUGGUGCAAUUUUUUCACAACGGAGAACCUCUCUAUGACAUCGCCGUGAACAGGUAAGAACUACUACAAUAAGUGAAAACAACGACAUUGCUCCGUCUGAAAUGGUCCGGGCGUUCCUUUUUGUCUCACCAAGUCUCCCAUUUCAAAUUCCCGUAUAUUGUCUUUCAGAUUCCGAGGAACCGUUUACCCAUCAGUUUGUCUUCCGAUGUCAAUCGAUAUCGAGUUGAAAAUCACAGUGGUUGUAGCCGAGAACAAGUUCCAGCACAUGUCCCCGGCUGCAAAAUUCGGCCCAAUUAUUGAGGCUAGAAGUAUCGUAUGACAUGGUGAAUUUGCUAGAUAUUUCAAAUAGUUACACCCAUAACCAAAAAAAGAAGACGACGAUUGGCAGCUUCUACUAGUGCUCCCAAGUUACUACGCUUUAACUAAAACCUUCUUCACUAUCAUCAUACCGAACCCUGCAGCCGCUAUGGAACAGAUAUUAUUUGUCGCUACAUACGCCAAUGCCCUAGUGGUUCUACCCUCUGAUAUCCAGGUGACAACAUCAAACGAAAAUGUGCUGAAGGUAGUGAAGCUACGAGCAAGGUACACGGAAUGAAACAGUUAGAUCCGA